AUGAAGGAAGUGCCAGUUGUCGAGGUUUGUGAUGCGUUUAAGGUCGCAAGGGGCAUGGUUCAAGCCUUACAAGAAAAUGCUGGAAGGUUUGCUUCCAUGGUUUCUGUCUUCUGUGAGAGGCUUGGUUGGCAUGACCUUGAAGGCUUAGUAUCAAAGUUCCAAAAUCGUGUCUCAUUUGGAGUGAGGGCAGAGAUUGUAGAGCUCACCAACAUUCCGUAUAUUAAGGGUUCCCGAGCUCGAGCACUGUAUAAAGCUGGUUUUCGGACACCUGAAGCAAUUGCUGAAGCAUCAAUUCCUGAGAUUGUCAAAGUACUUUUUGAGUCUUCAUCAUGGGCUGAUCAAGGUUCUGCACAACGGAGGAUCCAAUUAGGAGUUGCAAAAAAGAUAAAAAAUGGUGCACGCAAGAUUGUUCUUGAUAAAGCUGAGGAAGCAAGGCUUGCUGCAUUCUCAGCUUUCAGGUCGCUUGGACUUGAUGUCCCAACGCUUGCCCAGCCUGUCGUAUCUACUGUUGCUGGACAUAAUGCUCGCAAAGAAGCUAGUACCUCCUCUGCAGAAGGGUCAACUAGUAGCUUUGUUAGCCUGGAGAAUGCGAAUCAAGUCCUUUGCACAUUAUCCCUGGAAAGAAGUAAGGAGGUCAAUGCUACUAAUUCUGAUUCAGGCGGAGAUAAUUCAAAAAGGAAAACAGUUGCUGACAAAGAGGCAUUUCAUAUAGAAGGAUCAAAUGGUCUUAGUGGUGAACUUAAUGAAACUACUCAUCAUAUUGAUAAUGCAAAGACUUCCCCAACAACUUUAAAAAUUAAGGGCAUUGAAGGAGGUGGUACUUAUGGCGAUCAUAAUCAUGUCAGGAAACUGCAAUGUGAAGGAGGUGAGAUAUGUAAUGGAAGAGUCAAAGAAGCAUCAGAGAAGGGUCCUAUGAAUGCUACUGCUGUUGCUGGUGGAUUUGAGUCUUUCCUGGGUCUCUGGGAAGCUGCUGGAGAGUUCUACUUUGAUGUCCACUUCAGCAAAAAGUCUGCACUAAAUAGCAUUGCCCCUUUUGAAAUAUAUGGCAUAGCCAUUUGUUGGGAAGACUCUCCCGUCUAUUAUGUGAAUCUUCCGAGGGACUUAUUUUGGUCCAACAGCAGAAGGAAAAGCCAAUCAUCGCCCAUUACCUGUGGUGAUACUGGGAGUGCUCUACCACCAAAGCUUCAGUGGGAGAUAGCAAUAGAGCGAUGGAAUAGAAUUAGUACCAUAAUGAGGAAAAAAGAUAUAAAAAAGUUUACAUGGAACUUAAAAGUUCAGAUUCAGGUACUCAAGCAUCCUACUGUUUCAAUUCAGAGAUUUGGUGGCUUGAGUCAUUUGGUAAAGACUGUUGGUGUGGAUCUUAUUGAGAACAAUUGCUUUCUGUUGUCUCCUGUUCCCGUUCAAGAUGCAAUUGACUUGUGUAUAGUAGCUUGGAUCCUCUGGCCUGAUGAGGAGAAAGGUUCUAGCCCAAGUAUAGAAAAGGAAGUGAAGAAAAGGUUAUCCAUUGAAGCUGCUGCUGCCGCUAAUCGAAAUGGUAGAUGGAAGAAUCAGAUGCGACAAGUUGCUCAUAAUGGUUGUUGUCGUCGAGUAGCACAAAUAAGAGCCUUGUGUUCUGUUCUGUGGAAACUAGUUAUUUCUGAAGGACUUGCUGAGGCACUUGGAGCAACUGAAAUGCCAUUGGUCAAUAUUCUUGCAGACAUGGAGCUCUGUGGAAUAGGUGUUGACAUGGAAGGAUGCCUGCAUGCACGACAAAUUCUGGGAAGAAAGCUGAAGAUUCUGGAAAAAGAAGCUUACAAGUUGGCUGGCAUGACUUUUUCAUUGUACACAGUAGCAGAUAUUGCGAAUGUACUCUAUGGGCAUCUACAGCUCCCUAUUCCAGAAGGACAUAAAAAAGGAAAACAGCACCCUAGUACGGAUAAGCAUUGCUUGGAUUUGCUAAGGAAUGAACAUCCAAUAAUUCCUGUCAUUAAAGAGCACCGAACCCUAGCAAAACUCUUGAAUUGUACAUUGGGGUCAAUUUGUUCACUUGCUAGACUAUCUAUGAGGACACAGAGGUACACACUGCACGGUCAUUGGCUCCAGACGUCAACAGCAACAGGGCGACUGUCAAUGGAGGAACCUAACCUUCAGUGUGUUGAACAUAUGGUUGACUUCAGAAUGAAUAAUGAGGACAAAGCCGUUGGUCAGCUAGAUGUCAAUAAUUAUAAGAUCAAUGCUCGUGAUUUUUUUGUAUCUACUCAGGAGAAUUGGUUACUGUUAACAGCAGAUUAUUCCCAGAUAGAACUGAGAUUGAUGGCCCAUUUCUCUAAAGAUUCCUCAUUGAUCGAGCUGCUUAGUGAACCCCAUGGUGAUGUCUUCACCAUGAUUGCUGCAAAAUGGACAGGUAAAGCAGAGUCUGUUGUGAGUCAAGAGGAGCGAGAUCAAACUAAAAGGUUGGUCUACGGCAUUCUUUAUGGAAUGGGAGCUAAGAGCCUUGCAGAACAAAUAGAUUGUAGUACAGAUGAAGCUGCUGAAAGAAUCAAAAGCUUUAAAAGAUCUUUCCCUUGUGUUGCCUCCUGGCUACAGGAAGCAGUUACAUCCUGCCGUGAGAAAGGUUAUAUAGAGACUCUCAAGGGACGAAAGCGCUUCUUGGCAAAAAUAAAAUUUGGAAACAGUAAGGAAAAGUCUAAAGCUCAGAGGCAAGCUGUGAAUUCUAUCUGCCAGGGGUCAGCUGCAGACAUUAUCAAGAUUGCAAUGAUAAACAUCCAUUCUGUGCUUGAUAACUUUGAGAAGUCUCCAUCAAAUUCUAUGAUUGAUGAAAAGUUUCAUGUGCUUAAAGGACGUUGCCGGAUCAUAUUACAGGUUCACGAUGAAUUAGUACUUGAGGCCGAUCCUUCUGUUGCAAAGGAAGCUGGAUUGCUGUUGCAGAUGAGCAUGGAAAAUGCUGUUUCACUUCUUGUCCCACUGCAUGUAAAACUGAAGAUUGGGAGGACAUGGGGAUCUUUGGAGCCUUUCCAGGUCAUAGAAUGAAUAGGUUUGUUAGUGUCCACAUUUGUUGAUAGAGUUUAAAGCUAUCAAUUGCUUCAAUGCUGUUCGAACAGUGCUAAUGGCGCUCAUUACAGUAUCCUUUCAAACAAGACAGUCUUUGUCUAUACUUGAUCGGACCAGAGGAAGCAAUGAUGUUCACAUGGCAGCCGUGUAACUUUAUGUGAAUUAGCUGCUCGUAAAGAUUACAAUGUGCUCUAAUUGGCGUGUCUCAAAAUCUCAUGACUUCUGUACAAGCAAAGGUUUCAUUGAUGGGUAAGGUUACUUGAAGGAAGUGGGAGGGACUGAUCAAGGGACUUUUCACUUUUAUUGAACAAAUCUGCACUUCUUGGUGCUCAGAUAAAUUUUUGGAAACAUAAGUAAUGCUAUGACAAAGGUGCUCAGAACCAAAGCCAGUUUCAGUAUUCUUGGAGGGCAUGACAUGUCAAGAUUCUGCUGAUGGGUUUUUCUUGAUUGUCUCCUGAGCAUGCUGCUUCACUGUGUUCCAAGCCGGCAAACAUCUUAGAGGAGGAAUUUGUUUAAGUAAUGGUGAUAAGGCUUUUACCUUAUUCUCAUAGUAUAUCCGAGAAAGCAGAUACUUAAUGUACCAGGGAAAUACCCAUCAAGAGAAUCAAGGAGUUGGUCCAAGUGGUGGGUAACUUGUAGUGCUUAAUGCAUGAUGCCAAAGAUUCAAAUCCUACUGAAGCCAUAUUCAUCAUUCAAGGUUGUGUUGGCCCUGGGCUAUGAAUCUUGUGGGGUUUGACUCAACCCUCUUUAAUCACACCAUGAAUGGUUCCUAUGUGGUUAUUUGUCUCCAUGCCCCAGAAGCCAAAAGGCCAAAGGGAAGAAUUUUACGAGGAAAUAAUCAUAGGAUUUUUACUUUUCCAUUGGCUCAGCCUCAAGUUUAGUUGAUGCAGAUCUCCAGGAACAUUUCAGAGUUGUAUGAAUUGCCAUAAGAUGAUAUUCAAUGUCUUGGGGUGCAUUUUCUGCUGUAUCUGCCCUGAAAUUUGAUGCAUGUGGAAUUGGUCAUUGGUCUGUAUUUUUGUGUCUCUCACAUAUGGAGGAACAGCCUGGGACCUGGAAGAUCCACAUCAGGUCACAUUGUUGCAGAGGGUACAGAUAAAUCAAUCUGGAGGGGUCUGGAACAUACAACUGUGAGCAGCUCUCUUGACAAUCAAAUUUGGAGAUCUGGAGCACCCAGAAAGGCUGUUAUGAUUGCUUGGAAGACCUCAUUGAAGUUACUGUGAUAUGUGACAUCUAGAGACGAGGAUUUGUCAUUUGGUUAAUGAUCCUCCAGAGAGACGUGGAAAGAUGAAUUAUGACUUAGUGAAAGGAUUCUCGAUAAAGACAUUCUUGGUGCAUGGAUUUAAUUCAGUCAUUUUUGUCUAUGAUAUCAUUCACGGAAAAGACUUUUUGUCUAGCUGGUGUGUUUUUAACAGAGAAGUGUAUAGAUAUGAUUCUUGCACUUCAUCUGAAUACGUUUGGUGCUCUACAGAGGAGUUUCUGAUGAUGUAGAGUUGUAACCAGGUUAAUUGAUUUCUAUUUUUUCUGCAAUA